UUGUUUUACACAACCAGAUAACAUUAACUUGUCAUCACAUAUAUUUUUGAUUGUCUAGAUCGUGUUUGAAAUGUCCAUCUUGACAUCGGUCUUAGAAUUAACAUAAGAACGGAUGGGAAAGCGUAAGUUGUCGUGUAUAUAUUUCUUUUUAAACGGUGCUGUGAUUGACGACCAGCGGGUAAGUAAAAUGUCUAGCUCACAUUAUUAACGUGAUAUUAACUAACGUUAACGAGCCACGCCGGUAGUAGUGGAGUUAUGGGCGGUGUAUCAACAUGCUGCGUGUCAUGUUGCCACUGUUAUGAGAUGUUUUGGGGUGAUAACAUACUUAUGAUCGUGACUGACUGCCCACAUAAUGGAUCAUGGUUAUGGCUCGUCUUUGAUCAUGACUCUCAGUUCCAUUACAUUGAAAGAGUCCUUGGAUGAAGGCGUUUUCUGUAAGAGGGGAGUUUUAUUAAUAAGAGCCGCGACAGCCGGUCUGAACAUUAACCGCAUAGCUGGGCGGUUUUGGAAUCAUAAUAACCGUAUCUUUCAUAUCGGGCGAAAAAAAAAAUGAAUUGUUAAACUGACACGCCUUUAUUGGGUUAGUAUCCCACACGGCCAUAUUUACACGUUACUGCAUCUAUCCUGUGUCUAAACGGAAGACCGAUGCCACAAACUGUUUUCACUGAAAAAUACAGUCGGCUGCAGCGGUUAAAACACUGUACAAUGUUUAUUUUGCAUUUGUGAAAUUAUUUUGUUGUGCUAUCAAAAGUCGAGCGAUUUAUAUUUGAAGAACCGUACCGAAAUCGAUUCACGUUUAGAUGGGAGUCUUUGGCUGUUUUGGCAUCCAGAGCCAUUUCGCCCUUAUUUUAAUUGAACCUUUAAGAAAAAAAUCUUAUUUUCAAUGACAGCCUAGGAACAGUCGGUUAACUGUCUGUUCAGGGGCAGAACGACAGUCAGUUAGGGGAUUUGAACUUGCAACCUUCCGGUUAUAAGCCCAACGCACUAGGCUACCCUGCCGCCCCUUAAACAGCACAUCUAAGUUCUUUGGACUAUGGAGUAACGUUAGGCUCAUUUAGUCCAAUAUCGGGCUAUAGAUUAUGUCAUACAUGCAGUGGUAUUGUAACAAUGUGAUGAUCAUGUGGUUCAUUAUGUUAAAUCUUCAAGCAGGUAGCCUAGUGGUUGGAGCGUUGUGCCAGUAACCGAAAGGUUGCAAGAUCGAAUCCCCGAGCUGACAAGGUUUCGGGGGGAGUGAUCAGAAGUCAUCAUAAAACACCCCAUCUUGCCAAAUGGAUGAUGAUCUAAAACCUCUGGAUUUCAUAAAGGACUUUCAAGAGUACCUGACACAGCAAACACACCAUGUCAACAUGAUCUCAGGCUCUGUCGGUGGGGAGAUAGAGCCCGACCACCUCCAAGCUGUAGCAGCUAUCCCAGACAGUGAUCAUCACAAUGGGUCGGUGGAAGUCUCUCUGGACGACAGCUCUGGGCUGCUGGUGGACGGCUUUCAGAGGACCUUCGACGGCAAGCUCAAGUGUAGCUACUGCAGCUACGCCAGUAAAGGCACCGCUCGCUUGAUAGAGCACAUCAGAAUUCACACAGGAGAGAAGCCUCACCGCUGCCAGCUGUGCCCCUUCGCCUCUGCCUACGAGCGCCACCUUGAGGCCCACAUGCGCUCCCACACGGGAGAGAAGCCCUACAAGUGUGACCUCUGCUCCUUCCGUUGCAGCGACCGCAGUAACCUGUCCCACCACCGCCGGCGCCGCCACAAGCUUUUACCCAUGAAGGGGGCGGGGCUGCCCGCCUUCCUGUCCAACAAGAAGAUGCUGAACGUCCUACAGAAGAAGAGUGGCAGCUCCCUGGGCCUGGGAGGCUACAGCAGACACCUCCUCAUCAACUUCAGCCCUCCCUCCAUGGUGGUGGGGAAACCAGACUACCUGAACCACGAGGUGUACGAGAGCGAUGUGAAGGACCAUGGGACUGGAGGAGGAGGAGCCAGCAGGGAUGUCAACAGUGACAUGAUGGUGGACAAUAAUCCUCUGAACCAGCUGUCUACGCUGGCAGGCCAGUUGUCCAACCUCCCCCCAGUGGACCAGACCCCUGUGUCUCCUGACAGACUGUCCUGCAACGACGUCAAGCCGUUCCUCAUCCAGCAGGCCUCUGGUGCACCGAUUGCAGUGUCAGUAUCUUUGUCCACCAGUCAAAGUGGUGCCCACCACCACCACUACCACCACCACCACCACCAAACCUCCUCCCCAACCAGCCCCGAGGACCUCCAACCGCCUGCAGGCCAUAGCAGGAACUACAGCCCCAGCCCUGUGGACCCAGAACCCAGCAGUGAGCACAGUGCACACACACGCACCAGCUCAGCUAGCAUUAGUAACAGCCAGCCCAGUACCCCUGCCCUGCUCGGUAGCACACAGCACCCAGACCCACAGAUGCUGCACAGCUGCCAGCACUGCGACACCUACUUCUCUGACAACAUCAUGUAUACCAUUCACAUGGGUUGCCACGGCUACGAGAACCCCUUCCAGUGUAAUAUCUGCGGCUGUAAGUGCAGGAACAAGUAUGACUUUGCCUGCCACUUCGCUCGCGGGCAGCACACGCUGUGACUGACUUCCACAGUAACCCGAGAUGAAUUCGAACGAUGUUUGGCGGCUCACAGAGAACAUUAACUUAUUCCCGUGUUUAUGAUAAUCAGGGAUCAGAGCGAUUCUGAUCUAGAUUUUAUUGUAUCGGUUUUUUUUUUAAAUGAUAUAACUUAGAGAGUGAGUGUUACUUUGAAAUGAGGAAUUGAUGUUUCUAUAAAUGGGAACGCAAUCUGGAGGUUGGAGACAUUUAUCACGUGUCCUCCUCGGUGCCGUCUGAGAAUUUAAAGAAAGUCAACUUCUUAUUAUUUAAAUGUAUCCUUUUAUUUAACGAGGCAAGUCAGUUAAGAACAAAGUCUUAUUUACAAUGACAGCCUACCCCCAGGGCCAAACCUUGACGACGCAGAGCCAAUUGUGUGCCUCCCUAUGGGACUCCCAAUCAUGGCCGGAUGUUAUACAGCCUGGAUUUGAACCAGGGACUGUUGACGUCUCUUGCACUGAGAUGCAGUGCCUUAGACCGCUGCGCCACACGAGAGCCCGACUCUGAAUUAGUUACAUAAAUAUUGGGGAUGUUACUAAACUUAUAGUUUAAAUAGCGAUUAGCAAGGUAUCUGGUUGCUGUGACUAGAGUUUAAACAGUUUUGGCCUUAUCUUUUAUUUCACCUUUAUUUAACCAGGUAGACCAGUUGAGAACAAGUUCUCAUUUACAACUGUGACCUGGCCAAGAUAAAGCAAAGCAGUUCGACACAAACAACAACACAGAGUUACACAUGAAAUAAACAAACAUACAGUCAAUAACACAAUAGAAAAAGUCUAUAUACAGUGUUGUGCAAAUGGUGUGAGGAGGUAAGGCAUGAAGCAAGAAGCAUGAACAAGCCCAUUGGUCCAAAUAGGUGCUCAACAAUGACAAACAGACAGGCUUUAUUAUACAUUGUGUAUAGUAGUGUCUCACUUUGUGGUGAGUGUAAAAACGUAACAUUAUAUCAACGGCUUGAAGUGAAUGACAUCUGUGCAUAUUGAUGCUUUCAGCUUAGACAUCAUUUCACUCUGUAAUUUACUCUGCUCGGUUCCACAUUCCGGUUGAUUCCAUGUGUUCUCUGUUCCACAUUCAGAUUGAUUCCAUGUGUUCUCUGUUCCACAUUCCGGUUGAUUCCAUGUGUUCUCUGUUCCACAUUCAGAUUGAUUCCAUGUGUUCUCUGUUCCACAUUCAGAUUGAUUCCAUGUGUUCUCUGUUCCACAUUCCGGUUGAUUCCAUGUGUUCUCUGCUACACAUUCAGAUUGAUUCCAUGUGUUCUCUGCUACACAUUCAGAUUGAUUCCAUGUGUUCUCUGCUACACA